AACCAAUGGACGAAACACACGAGAAUGAGGCGUCCGAUUCCUUUGAUCCAGUGUUCGAAAAUUCCUACCAUGAUGACGUCACAUUCAACACAGAAGACGACGAUGAGCCACCAUUAGAGCCUCGAUUCAAAUAUGAGCGUCUGAAAGGAGAGGAAACACUUCCAUUUAUGAAAACGGCAACUUUCACGUCAAUCGAUCUGCACGAUAAAUUUAUUGCAAUUGGUACGGCUACUGGUCUCAUUUACAUUCUCGAUCAUCAUGGGUAUGGGAAUUUUGAUAGCGUACCGCCCUUGAAACCCCAUCGUUGUGCAGUUUCCAAAGUGAAGUUUGAUGAGACUGGAUCUUACGUGCUCAGUUGUGCGAAUGACUCAAAAAUUGUGGUAUCUGGUGUUGGAAAUGACAAAUUAUGUUGCACAAUAAACAUUCAAGUUAUGCCAAAGUCUAUAUAUUUUUCCCCUGACUUUAUCCGACAGCAAUCCGGCCACUGCUUCAUCAUGGGAGAGCGGAACCUGGUUCUUUAUGAGAAAAGAAUGUUUCAAUACAAAGCUUCGAGUCUGUACUCUGGAUCCGAAAGAGAUGGUUUUAUCCACUGUUGUUCUUGGAAUGAGAAUCUCAUUGCGUUCACAAAUGAUACCGGAACAAGAGUCUACGAAAGAGGCGCAGAGAGAAUCAUCACAAGUGUUCAGCCAUCACAUGACGUGGAUCGCGUCCGAUCAUCUCGCUCACCACCGAAACACACUUGGAUGCCUGAGAACAACUUAGUGAUUGGUUGGGCAGACACGGUUACCAUCCUCAAAAUUCGUGAUGAUGAUGGAGUAAAAAAAGGAGAGGUUCAUCAUAUUUUCCACGUAUCAAUGUUCAUUUGUGGAAUCUCCUACAUCCCGGAAAGCGGCAUCGACAAUAUGGAGCUGUUCCUAGUUGGGUUGCAGUUGGAAGGGGAGGACUUUGAUGAUUGUGCGUCAGUUAUUUCCACUGUGACAACAUUGACCGCAUUGGAAAGUAGUGCAUGCACAAUCCUGAAGACGUCUGUGAUCCGGCCACUUGGAUUGAAAGAAUUUGAGCUUCAGUCAGAGGAUAUGAUUGAAAGCGUCAAACUCUCCAACCAUACUUUGCCAUACAUGAUUCACGGUCUUGGAAUUCCUUACCUUGCCACAUACUUUAUAUUGACAACGAAGCACAUUAUUAUGGCGGUACCAUAUGGCCCGGAAGACGGCAUUCGUUGGAGAUUGAAGUAUAAACUCUACGAUGAAGCGUUGGAUAUGGCAAAGCACAAUGCCGACUUACUCUCCAAAACUGAUCUCAGUCCGAAGAAAGUGGGGAGGAUGAUUAUCGAGGGAUACCUGACUGGAAAACGAGCAAGAGCAGCUGCUUCCCGCCUUCCAUUGAUCUGUGGAGAAUGCAAGGAGGAGUGGGAAUGGGCAGUGAAUCAGUUUGAGGAAGUCAAAUUAUGCACUCUACUAGCGGAGGUCCUGCCCGAUGGCACUCCGACAUUGGAUCCAGAGUGCUACCAGAAAGUUCUUAUUGCUUGUCUGUUCAACAAUGUGAAGCAGUUCCGGAAAUUGGUACAGACGUGGAGUCCGGAUCUCUAUAUGACCAGUUUUAUAAUCGAUCGGACUCAAUGGCGCAUUCAACAAAUCAGCAAAUCGGGCAAUCUAGCAGACGUUGACGAGACUGAGCGAGUUUUGAUGGACGCUUUGGCACAUUUGUAUCUCUACGAGAGAAAGUACGAGAGCGCACUGAAAAUCCUUAUGUCGUGUCAAGAUUUUCAAAUUUUCAAUGUUAUUGACAAGCAUCAACUCUUCGAUCUUGUCAAGGAUCAAAUCACCGAACUGAUGAACAUCAACUCUGAACGUGCUCUUCGGCUGUUGCUCGACAACGCUGAUUCGGUGGAGCCAUCAUUUGUGAUGGAGAAAAUUGGGCGACAGCCGAAACUGCAACUCGCGUAUCUCACAAAACUGAUGAGCAGAAACGAGGGAACUGAGUUUGCUGACAAAGCUGUCCAGUUGUAUGCUGAAUACGACCAGAAGAAGCUUCUUCCAUUUUUGAGAAAGAAUGCAAACUACAAUGUGAACAAGGCACGAAAGUUGUGCUCGGAUAAGGGAUAUAUUGAAGAGACAAUCUAUCUUCUUGCCAAAAGUGGAAAUCAUUAUGAUGCUGUGAAAAUGAUGGUUCGAGAGUAUCGGAACAUGGAAAAAGUCAUCGAUUACUGCAAAGAUCAAAAUGACCCCGAUUUAUGGAUUCACCUUCUAGGAGUAGUUGCCGAGUUUCCUGCUCAUUUUUCGCAGCUUAUCAUUGAAGCGUCAAACUGCCUCGAUCCUCUCCUGAUUAUGGACAAACUACCGGACGAUUCGGAUAUUCCUAACUUGAGUGAAGCGCUCGACAAACUUCUCGUUGACUAUACAAAUCAUGCAGAGCUUCAGCAAUGUUGCUACGACUCAACCUUGAACGAUCUGAAUGUUCUCACUCAAGGACUGAUAUCGGCAGCUGAUGAAUCAGUUUCCGUGAACAUAGUAUCCAGAUGUUCAUUAUGUGCUCAAAUCAUCAUCAAUUCUAACCAAGAAACAACAAAAAAGUUUUCGGAUAUAAAAGUGUUCAAAUGCGGACACAUUUUUCACUUGGCUUGUUCUACUUCUGAGAUGGAACGCCGUCAAUCAAUUGAGGAGGGCCUCUGCAUUGCGUGCUCUGAUCAAAUCGAACUCAUCAACGUGUAAAUAUUAAUUCAGGUUAACUUUUAAAACUGGAACUUGUCAGAAUUUGAAAUUUGAAAUUUCAAAUGUCAAAUUUCAAACUUCAAAAUUUAUUACGGCUACUUAUGUUCAUUUCUGUGAUCCACUUCUUGGCUAGUUAUAUAUAUGUUUGUCUUAUUUCCCGUGUUAAAUAAAUUAUCGAAAUUGA